AUGGAGCCUCGACGAAGUCAUCAAUUCGACCUCUUUGGUCCCCAGGGGGCAGCUUACGACGAACCCAACCCUAUCGUCGAUAACAUAGAUUGGAAUGACCCCUCCUCUUUCUUCAAGGCCAUGGAAGCAGGCCAGCCUGGUCGCAUGCCUUUACCGGAUAUGAAGUCUCCAGCGGAGGUUCGGAAGAAAGCUGCAGCAAGAAAAGAAGGGAUAUUCUCCAAGCACAAGAUCCUACGGUUGAUUUUGGAGCGCCACGAGGCCACCAUACAAAAGCGUUGGCUGAAAAAGACUCGUCAACAACGAUUGAAGAUCUUGUUGGAUGCCUGGCCCGACAUGCCUGCAAAUCAUCGGCCUGACUUCGAGGCUUUCUCAAAGGAGGCAGUGAAGGACCGCCUCCAAGGUACCACCAAGCGGGGGAGCUUCAUUUGGCCAUACGUCAACCAACAGGAUCUGGCGGACACAAAGUCGUUCCUUUUACUUCUCAAUGCUCGAGGCCGUCAUUCGCCUUCCCAUUUUGCCGCGGCAGAUAACAGAGCCAUCCACCUCGGAUUCGUCAGUAAAGCAAUUGUUCCUAUCUUCUUGAACGAGCAUGUGAUGAUCUUGAACGGAGUGACUGAUGACAGUCGUGAAUACGGAAGACUUGUGAGUUGGCAUGAGGAGCCAGACGCAUUUGAUUGGAUGGCUUCACGCAAACAAUUUCUUCCUGGGGAAGGCCUGAUUAUUUUAGAGGCACAAGAGCGUAUUCUCGAGUUCCUCAUCCAAUGCUCUUUCGGUCUUCUCCAUGAAAUUGACCAAGAGAGCAUGAUCAGUGACGACUUCCCCAUCCUGGAUGAGCCACGUCUCAAGAACGAAAGUGAGAUCAGCGGAUUUGAGUCAUUAGGGGUGAUGACAGCAGAAGCCCCAUAUCGAGUUCCGGCGAAGCUAGAUCUCUCUCAGAUUGAGUCACUGCUCACUGCUCGCGCAUCUGCUGCAGAGGAUCACCUCUGGGCCUUGCGUGAAGACCCUGAAUAUUUCGCCCGUGUCAUGCUUGAAGCGAAGGAUCAUCGGCAAGAAAUGCUGAAAGAUAUCACCGGCAAAUCUCAUCCAUCACUUCGGCCAGGCCAACAAGACAUAAUAUGGUCACGCAUAACUGGCACAGCUGUCAGCAAGGCCUACUUGGAGGUGGAGAUGUUCCAUGAACUUAGCUCUCAAGCCAAGAACUUGGUCCGAUUGCAAAAGCAAUAUGCUGAUCAAAUAAACCCUUCGAAGGAUUUGCCAGAGGAAUACGAACGCCAAUUAAUCCGCUUUCGGCACUAUCUAACUCAAGCGGCGAAAGGACCUCUUACCACUCUCAAAUUAUCAGCUAUUGGGUCACCCCCUUUACGUCCGUUCUUUUCUCGCGAAGUGCCAGAGAGCCCAUCCUCCACAAAGAUCGUAAGUAUCUCGAAACCUGGAGUCAAGCCGGACAAGCUUGAAAAGCAGCUGCUCUGGCUGCUUUCAACUCUAUGGGAAGAUGGCCAAGACUUGUUUUUCGCAAGCAUGAACGUCAUUGUUGAUGAACUGGAAAGAUUACUUCAAGCAGAACCACGCGCCCGCGAACUGCUAUCCCCAUUUAUCAACAGUCUUAUUGGUGACCUUUCUAUAAUCUCACAGACCUUGAAUCAACUAGACCUUUAUCAGCCAUGGGCCCAAACCUGGGAAAAUAAGCUUGCUGAAUGCGAAGAUGACCUCAAAGCCGAUUAUGCCGAACAAACAAAGUCGUGGGCUCUAAUGCUCGGCGCUACCCACGAAAGAGGUCUCCAGCUGAGAGCGGCAAAACUCGCAAACCCAGCAGGUGGAGCGUUCGCCUAUCCUAUUCACAAGCGACGCAAAAAAGAUAAUGUGGAAGCGUUACGCAGUGCUGAAAGCAGACUUGAUGCGUUCUGGGCCGCCAUCGACCAAUUGAUGAAAGCCAAAGCCGGUGAUUUACAAGGUACAGCUGUCCAAGCACUCCUUUCACAGCCACGUACUUUACAGCGCACCCGAGAAUGGGUGGAGCCAGAAAAGACUGCCUCUGCACCCGUUACGCAAAUACAAAAUCCUGAAUUUUACGACUGGGCCUUCUACCGACCAAUCUCAUCAGCCUAUUCUGACACGUCCGCUAAGAACCUGAGCAUCGCACAGCCGAAAACGAAAAUCAAAACUCGCGGGAAGGCAGCUCCUCAAGAAGAGGAUCCGGAAUCAGAAAUCCCACAAGGUCCAGGCUCUGUUGACAUUCAGCCUACGUUCCAUGUGGAUGCACGCACGCUCAAAGUUUUCCGUAUCAUUUUCUUUAACCCAGCCACUACUUCAACUCCAGGCGAGAUACCCUGGAAUGACUUCCUUCACUCCAUGGCCUCUGUUGGAUUCACCGCUAUGAAGCUGUAUGGGUCUGUGUGGCAAUUUCAGCCGACGAAAUUGGAUGUCGAGAGAAGUAUUCAGUUCCACGAGCCCCAUCCCCGGGGCAAGCUGCCUUUCACUACUGCACGUCGCUUUGGACGGAUAUUGAAUAGGGCUUAUGGUUGGUUUGGAGGGAUGUUCGUGCUGAAGGAGAAAUGA